UUAACCCUUUCCCUCUUAAGCCAGAUUCCAGAACACACCCGCGCGUCCAGCCAAAUUCCCUUUCCCUCUUCUAUUGCAGCCCUAAUCUGCCGCCGAGAAGCCUUGCGGCACAAGAGCCUUGUGCCCUGCUGUUUGUGAACUGAAUCUGUCGCCGUGAAGCCAAGAAGCCCGAAAAUCCUUCUGCACGAGAAGCCUUGCGCCCUUGCUGCUGUGAAGCUGUUCAUGAAUCUGCUGUCGUGAAGCCCUUUCAGCCAUCAUGUUUAGUACAAGUUCAAUGACAAUUACAUAAAGUACUAAGAUCAAAGGCAAAGAUCGGAUCGAGUUGACGUUUAAAUAGGAAGAUCAAAUGAACACGUACUCGGAAAGGAUUCAAGCACAUCCAAGGAAACUUAAUGUUGUAUAAUAUAUAAUGGGGUGUGUGUUUGAGGGUUGUGUAUCCUGAGUUGUAAGACUUGCUCCACCGGGGAAGGAACGUUGAUAGUGUAUUGUGGAAUCCUUGACCUGGUGCUAAGGCGUGAACGUAAGCUUAGAGCCAAACUACAUAAAAAUCCUGGUUGAGAAGUGGGCGGCCUUGUGCAUCAUUGGAAGUGAAAUUGUCGGUGGAUCCGAGAGGCACUUGUUUUUGCAAUCUGGUGGGUAUAAGUUUUAGAAUCCGAGGUUAACAAAUGGAGGAUGAGAAGAAGAAAAAAAGGAACAAGAAAAAGAAAAACAAGCAGAAAGCAACAGAAGAUAGCACAGCUGCAGUUGGAGAGGUUGUUUCUGUGAAUCAGAACCAUGUGGUCGAGCAGAAUCAUAGUCAAGUUUCUGAGAGUGCAGGCGUUCAAAUUGACGCUGGAAUAAAAACUGAUGGGGAUCUGGAUAGAUAUCGCGGCGAUGGCAAUGAAGGCGCUAUUGUAGAUAAAGGGCACUGGCUGCAAAGAGCGGCUAGUUUAGAAGAAACAAUUAAACUAUUGCAAAAUGAAAAAGGUUCACAUAUACAGAAAGAGGCUGAUCUAGAGAUGAGAAUUGCACAAUUACAGCGUGAAAAGGAUUUCUGGCUUCAGAGAGAGGCGAGCUUGGAGGAGAAAAUCAGUCAAUUAUUAGAUGAAAAGGCCUCUUUGGGUUUGAAAGAGGCAAGCUUGGAGGAAAAAAUCAAAUAUUUAGAGAGAGAGAAAGAAUCCGGGCUCCUGAAAGAGAAUAUAACCAGAGAAAUGGUAGCUAGCCUGAACGAUGAUAAUGCUAGACUACGGUUGCAGGUGACGGAGUUGGAAGAAUCUCAGAACAAUCUUUUAAGAGAAAACCAACAGUUGAUGGAAAAUAUGUCUGGUUUGCAGUCACAUAUUCACAGCCUUGAGAGGAUCAAUGCUGCUUAUCCCUCAUCAAUAGAAGUUGGCGAGAAUGCUUCUGAAAAUGAGGACCGGAACUCUCAGAAAGAUGCAUCACAUGCAGUGGUUGAAAAAUUGGUGACAGAAAAUGCUGAGCUCAGUGAGAAGGUGAAUGAAUUGUAUGUUGAGCCGGAUGGACAAAAUGUGCCAGCUGCUGGAUCCAAUCAAGUGGUUGCUCCUGAUCUUGCUCAAUCCGUUUCUGAUCCCAGGGGAAGGAUGUCUCCAUCAGCCGAAAGGAUGGAGCCUCUCAGUGUUGUUUCAAUCAAAGAUGAGAGGAUCGAUGAUAACAACAUCGAUAUGAAGCCUACUGCUGUACUUCCAUACUCUUUGGAAACUGUAGGGUCCAGAGAAAUCUUGCAAAAUCCAGCGGCUGGAGAAAUUGUGCCAAUCCCAUUGAACAAGAAUGAAGUUCAAGAUUUGGGAUCACAGGCUGCUGAGAGAGAUAAAAAGGCUGCUGUGCCACUGUCGGAUGCUCCACUGAUUGGUGCCCCAUUCCGAAUGAUAUCAUUUGUUGCUAAGUAUGUGAGCGGUGCUGAUUUGGUCAAUAAGGGCUCUUAAAAAGCUAAGUUCAAUAACAUUGCAGGAAUUAAUGAAAUCCUUUUGAAGCGGAUAUCAUAGAUUGGUCUAACCCUAAACGGGGCCUCUCACAACAUUGUCAUGUUAUCGGCAACUGUAAACGAUUCGCAGGCAGGAUAAUGGACUGCUGAGAUUUCACACAUUACCAUUUUUGACAGGGUUUUAUUGCAGUAAACAUACUAAGGCACCGAUUUUUGUUAUUCCUGUUUCAGCAUUUUCCUCCAUGUAGCCACUCAACUUGUCAUUGUGAGAAGUUGCUGUAAUUAUUAUAUUAUAUAGUUUGUUCCAUAUUUAGAGAUUUUUACAUUUUGUGGAGACAUGAAUUUCAAUGCAUUUGAGCGGACAAAAAAUUUUAAGUAA